UACAUCAAGAACUGGCGGCCUCGUUACUUCCUCCUCAAGACAGACGGCUCCUUCAUUGGCUACAAGGAGAAGCCCCAGGAUGCAGACCUGCCCUACCCUCUCAACAACUUCUCAGUGGCCAAAUGCCAGCUGAUGAAGACAGAGCGACCAAAGCCCAACACCUUCAUCAUCAGGUGUCUCCAGUGGACCACAGUGAUAGAGAGAACCUUCCAUGUUGACACUCCUGAGGAGAGAGAGGAGUGGACAGAGGCCAUCCAGAUGGUAGCAGAUAAACUCCAAAGACAGGAGGAGGAGAGGCUCCAGUGUAGCCCCUCCCCCUCCUCCCAGAUACACAACAUAGGGGAGGAGGAGAUGGACACCUCCACCACACACCACAAACGCAAGACUAUGAAUGACUUCGACUACUUAAAACUACUUGGAAAAGGCACUUUCGGUAAAGUCAUUCUAGUCAGGGAGAAGGCCAGUGGGAAAUAUUAUGCAAUGAAGAUUCUGAAGAAAGAAGUUAUUAUUGCAAAGGAUGAAGUGGCACACACACUCACGGAGAGCCGAGUAUUAAAAAAUACUCGGCAUCCUUUCCUAACUUCUCUGAAGUAUUCAUUCCAGACUAAAGACCGCUUGUGCUUUGUCAUGGAGUACGUGAACGGAGGAGAGCUGUUUUUCCAUUUGUCGAGAGAGCGAGUGUUCUCGGAGGAACGCACACGAUUCUACGGCGCCGAGAUCGUCUCCGCCCUCAACUACCUGCAUUCCGCCAAGAUCGUGUACCGGGAUCUGAAGCUGGAGAAUCUGAUGCUCGACAAAGAUGGUCACAUGAAGAUUACAGACUUUGGUCUCUGCAAGGAGGGCAUCACAGAUGCUGCCACCAUGAAGACCUUCUGUGGAACGCCAGAGUACCUGGCGCCAGAGGUGCUGGAAGACAACGACUAUGGGCGCGCGGUGGACUGGUGGGGUCUGGGCGUGGUCAUGUACGAGAUGAUGUGUGGCCGGCUGCCCUUCUACAACCAGGACCAUGAGAAGCUGUUCGAGCUGAUCCUCAUGGAGGAUAUCAAGUUCCCCCGCACCCUGUCCUCCGACGCAAAGUCCCUGCUGUCUGGCCUGCUCAUCAAGGACCCCAACAAGCGGCUUGGAGGAGGUCCAGAUGACGCUAAAGAGAUUAUGAGACACAGUUUUUUCACUGGGAUUGACUGGCAGGAUGUUUAUGAUAAAAAGCUGCUACCUCCCUUCAAACCUCAGGUGUCUUCAGAGACUGACACCAGGUACUUCGACGAGGAGUUCACGGCACAGACGAUUACAAUAACUCCCCCUGAGAAAUUUGACGAGGACGGUAUGGAAUGCAUGGACAACGAGAGAAGACCUCAUUUCCCACAGUUCUCCUACUCGGCCAGUGGUCGGGAAUGAGCAGAGUGACAUCACCACCCCUUGAGGUCUUCACUUGACGACGAGACCAGUCGACUCAGCCUGGCCUCUUCCUCUUCUCCUCUGUCUGUCUGAGAUCCAUCAUUCCAAAAACCAGACUGGCAGAGCCGUGUCACUGGCAGUCCUGUGUGUGUGUGUAUGAACAGAGAAGGAAGAGCACGAUUUGGCUACUUCAAGCAGAAGGUUUCCAGUGUUCGGCUUUUCUGUGGCUUGUCCAGGUGCUCUCAGAGCCCUGUCAUUCUCCAUGGAACGUACAUACAAACCAUCAUCCGUGUCGCUCAUCUAGGAGAAAUGUAGUGUAUUUGUUUUGUUUGAGGAGGUACAGGAAUCUAAACUGCCAGUUUUAGUUCUCUCAGGACCACACACACCAUCACCAACAACAAACAGACAGCAGUCUCUCUCUCUCUCUUACUCUCUUACUCUCUCUCUCUCUCUCUCUCUCUCUCUCUCUCUCUCUCUCUCUCUCUCUCUCUCUCUCUCUCUCUCUCUCUCUCUCUCUCUCUCUCUCAGUUAAAGGUACUACUUGCUGUGCUUUGCAGAGUGUAUAGCAGCCAGUACUACUCAAACAGGGCUCAAUACUCGACCAACGCUCAAAACCUAGGACUCUGGACUCCUGUGUCAGACAAACUGUCAUUCUGUCAUUACUUUUUUUUUUAUUUAGUCUUACGUCUUGUUUGUUGACAAAGCUGUGAUUUAAUUUUUUCUGUGAAACCAGCCAUCAGAAUCGUUUGUUUUAAACACUUUGGGAUUGUGCUCUGCCAAUACUCAGUUUUACUGUGUAAACGUGUGUGUGUGUAGGAUUUGAAAGGGCCCGAAGGCACUGCAGCACUGUUGGCUGUAAGCCUCCUGUGAAUCUGAACUGUGGCAUUUAGGAAACUACAGAACGCCAACCAAGAUGCAGUUCAAACUGUGGUGAGAGAGGACGGGUCCCUACGGCUCAGAAUGUUCCCCAGUGCAGUCCACUCUGCAGACGCGUCAGUCCCUACAAUCCAGACACACGUCAUCACAAGCAAACAUCAUACCACUCUGCUAUCUGUGAAGCUCAAUGUUAGUCGUCGAUCUUAUGGCGAACAGCAAGAUGGUGGCUGUCUACUGCCAGUAUAGGACCUGGAGACAGAGUAGCUUCUGGGGUAACAACCAGAGUGAUGUUCCACAAGGGAAAGGGGGCCUAGUACCUAGGAGGGCCUAGUACCGAGGAGAAAGAUAAAUAACUUGACACACACAGGACUGAUGUCUAUAGACCGUGAGAAGGCUUAUCAGAGGACAGUGGUUCAUUUGUAAGACAGUUCUGGCUUCUUCAUAUUCUGUUAUUUAUUUGUUAGUGAUUUUUUUGGUUUCUAUAACAUCAUAUUAUAUUGUAAUUGUUGUAUUGUCCAGUUUUCUGGAUGAAAAAGGCACCUCUAAAAUGGCUGACGAAUGUAGAUGAUCACAUGACCACAGUUAGUUUUUGCUCUCAUUUUAAUACUUAGUUUCUUUGUUCUCUGACCAAAAUGGGAUGGAAAGAAGACAGUGUAGUUUUGUUGUUUUUCUGUUAGCGAACCAAGCUAGGGUUCAUGUUUUUACGAGACACGUUUUCUCUCCUCACGCCGACCUGGGGUGCUCUCUGGAGCCGACCUGGGGUGCUCUCUGGAGCCGACCUGGGGUGCUCUCUGGAGCUCACCUGGGGUGCUCUCUGGAGCCGACCUGGGGUGCUCUCUGGAGCCGACCUGGGGUGCUCUCUGGAGCUCACCUGGGGUGCUCUCUGGAGCUCACCUGGGGUGCUCUCUGGAGCCCACCUGGGGUGCUCUCUGGAGCUCACCUGGGGUACUCUCUGGAGCUCACCUGGGGUACUCUCUGGAGCUCACCUGGGGUGCUCUCUGGAGCUCACCUGGGGUGCUCUCUGGAGCUGACGUCUCAAUAGCAUUUCCUCUAGCGGCUCUUUCAAUCUUUACUGUUUAGAGAAUGGUGGCGAUACACUGCUGUUUAACUGCAUUAUACUAGAAACCAAACCCAGUUGAGAGGCAUCUAUACAGACAGGAAAGUGAUUAGUUGAGUAGGAGUGAUGUAUGAAAAGAGUGGAGGAAAGAGGAAGUAGUUCAGGAGAUGAGGGGGGGGGGGUGGAUUUGAAACAGAUGGAACAAUUUGGAAAGGGAUGGAUUAGAGAUGAAUGGAGGGGGAAGGAGAGGAAGAUGGAUAGAGUGGUUAAAGAAUAGAAGAAUUUGGUAGACAAGUGAAUGUAACGGUAUGAACCACAGAUAGACCAAAGCUGACGGUGUGUCUAGGGCUAGUUUGGUUAACACAGCAGCACACAUUCACACAUCACAGUCUAAACAUACUGGCUAUAAGUGAUCUUUUGUUUGAGUGUUUGUAAACGGUUUGAUUGUGGACCAGUGACAAGAAGGCUCAAUAGGGUGGUGAGAACAGGAGAGAUGGUAUUAAAGACACUCAUAAUAAAGGAUGUCUAUCUUGGGAUAGAAAAUACUAUGUACUAUAAAUAUACUUUAUAAAAAUGUUAUGGAGUUUUAUAGCAGGCAUGAGAGAGGUUUGAGACGAAGGUUCACAGGAGGUUGGGUUGUAAGGUUUUCAUGUUUAGUUGUUAGAGCAGGGUGUAGGUUUGUUUGAUUUGAGGCACACUGCAGCACUGUUUUGUUCUCAAAAUCACAAGGAUGUAGCUUUAUGGUCAGGUGGGACCCUCUGCAGAUUAUUCUCAGUAAAUCCAGCACAUUGAAAGAAUAUGAAGGUAUUUUCACCCAGGAUGGUCCUGCGGUUCAUAAUAUCUUUGUACUGAGUUGUGUGUAGGUGCUCAGUUUGCUCCAGUGUUUAAUCUCAUGUCUUCCUACACAGUCUUAAUAACGUCUAUUUCUGUGUGAGAGAUCGGUGUAGCCACCAGGGAAAACAACAUCUAGAUGUUUGGCUCUAAGGUGAUUUAUUUGAAACAAAUGUUUGUAUUCAUUGAUGUUUUUUUUUCUUUCUCUUAAUUGAUUAUUAACUUUUAUUUAUUUAUUUUUGUUUUUAUUUAUGAUAUUGUAUUUAAUUGAAUGUGGUUGAAUUUAUUUAGUAUUAUUUUUGGUCUAAAGGUUAUACGGAUUAUCUGCAGUUUAGUUUUGAAGAAUUGCAGGGUUGGGUGGUGGGUGCUGUGCAGCUCUUAUUGAUCUGUGUCCUGAGACACGUGUGAGAAAGGGAGGUGGGGGGUGCAUGUAGAGGUCCUCAAUAACAUGACAUUGGAGGUCCAAAACCAUCAUACUCUUUAGAAUCCAUAGCAACAACAAAAAAUAACAUAUAAAAAAAAACAAUUGAAACUAAAACAUUUGAGCUUUGUGCCUAUGGCAGCACUUUCAUAUUCACUACUUUUUUAAUAUAAUCCAUAGAAACAUUGCCCUAUGCUUGGACAUAAAAAGAAUACAUGCUAAUAAGAAAGGUGAUGGAGAGGUGGAGACACAUCUUCAUCUACCUACUGUGGGUCUGUAAAGAUGUCCUGUGUCUGCAGAGUGGGGGAACCGCUGUGUGCACCAUCCAGACCAGAAGAACCACCUAGCAACAGGUGGCCUGUAUUAGCCCAACUGGAGAUCCGGGUCUGUGGGCCUUAAGCCUUCCCAGGACUCCUUCUCUGGUCAGCAGCUACUUCCUCCAAGGUUAAAGGUUAGAGGAAGUAAGCUGAAGUGAACUCUGAUUGGAGGGGGAGGGGCUGAAUGAUAUCCUUGACUCUGAUGGAUGUCAUUGUUCAGUCCUUACUAACUGCAGGGUGAUAUUUUAUACCUGAACAGACACACUUUGCUGCUACUGUUUGUAUUGUCUACAACAGAUUCUCUUGUUAUCUUGCUCCUGGUAGUGUAUUAUGAAAGAGCAUGAAAUGUAAAGUAUUUAUUUAAAAACAAGAGACAAAUCUGUUAAAAAAAAAAAGCAAAAAAACGACUAUAACUUGUAAAUUAAUUUCAUGUCCAUGUAGCUUUAGAGUGUGAGACCUCGCUAGCUCAGUCGGUGAGUCAGUCAAUCGCAAGGUUCAUGUUCAGGUCCAUUGUGUGGGGUCAGGGUGGAGAGACUAGACCUGAUGAGUACAGAGACUAAACUGUCAUAUCGGAGAUGCGAACAAGGUUCCCCCGGCAAAAAUCUGUUUUUGUACACUGUACAUCCUUAGUAUUUUUACACGUAAAGGUAAAUGAUAGGAUGCACAUUAUUUUACUUCGUACAGAUGGCUUAAAUAAAGCACUAUGUCAAUCUGCUAA